AAAGGAACUUGCACUAAUUUCUGAAGACAAAGAUUCUCUUACAAAUCAGAGAGGAAAGAGAACUGAAGUUAUUAUACAUGAUCAAGUAAUAAGUUCAAUUGCGUAUGUGAAAGAGAUACCAGAGCUAUUAGAUAUCAUUGAUGAUGCUGAAAAUAAUGAUGAUGGGAAUAACAAUUAUAGUUCUCAAAUAAG